AUGUCAGAUUCAAGCAGGCAGCCUAUUAGCUAUUCAGAUGUUGCGCCGGAAGAAAUCCCAGAAACUGCGCUUCCUGAUCCCAAUUUCGUGGCUGAAUUGAGAGACAGUAAACCUUCUCAUAAGCAAAAGAGAAAGUCAAAGAAGCAGCGAAAUGACAAGAAGAAGAUCGAUCAAAUGAGUCAGUACUUCGACGAGAUCGACGCUGGCGUUGCUGCUGACGGGCACGAUGACGAGGAGGACAGCGAGGAGUUUGCUGAAGCUGCUUUCAUUGACGGCGAUCUCAGCGUCUGGGAUGAUUCAAUGCUCCUCGAAGCUUGGGAUGCCGCUAAUGAGGAGUACAGACUGCUUCAUGGAGACCAGUCGUGGAAGACUGACCCUAAUCACCAAUUGGAGACGCCCUCAAUGAUCUGGUAUGAUAGCAGUACCGAUUUAGGCAAAAUUGCUGCCAAACAGUCUGCCGAAAAGGUUGCCGCAACAACAAACAAGCAAAGCAAGCGUAAGAGGGACAGCAGCGAGGAAAUGGAGGAAUCAGAAGCAAGCGCAGAUAUUGGUGUGGAAGCAGAGAGACCAAGCAAAACAAGCAGGAUGAACUUAACAAACACGGCAGCACCUUCACAAGUCAACAAUACCGUCAACACAGGUGAUCCUGGAAAGGAUUACAUACUACAUCAGUUAUCUCAAGCAUGGUAUGCUGCUGGUUAUUGGACAGGCAUAUUGCAUGAAAAGUACGGCGAGGCAGGCCAGUAA